CAUUUGCAUGCACUUUAUAUAACUAAUUUCAUGCUUGCCUGAAGAGAUACAUGUAUCAUCUGACAUGAUGACCGACCAAUAUGCCUAACAUAGGCUAAUAUGCAACAACAAGCAUUACUGUAAUUAAUAGAAGUAACUGUAAGUCACUUGUAAGCAUGUCACACAGAAUUAAAAGAUGUGACAAGUGUUUGGGACAAUCCCUCUCCAAACAACAAAGUGAGCGCUUCAUUUUUAUCCAUCACUGACGAGCAAUAUACGGUAGGCCUGUGCAUAGACUCUGUUAGUGCAGAGUAUAGAUGAAGCCAACAGUAGUUUAUUUUAAAUGUCAUCAACAGCAAAUUUUGAUAAGAGGGCACCCAGAAAAUUAUCCCCUCCCUCCCACAAAAUCCUGCCAUAUUCUAGAGGUUUAAAUCUACUAUCAUUCCCCUGACACAGGUGAGGAUGACAAAACUUGUGCACCACCUCUCUCUACUUGUAACACUAGUUACUGAUAGCACAGUCUUGAAUCCUCCAUUUCACUAUCUUUUCCACAAACUUAUCCUUGGAUUCGCAUUCUGAAGACCACUCCAGCCUUCCAGGAGAAAGGACACAUCGCAUUAAGUGACCAUGGCCGUAGUGUCCGAUUCCGCGCAACCAGACUCUUGUAGUAGAGCAAGUGGAGAAGAAGAUGAACUGGAAAGGCUUGCUGUGGAGGAACUUAUGAAUGAAGCCAAGAGAGCCAAAGAGAGAGCACAAACAAUGGGGACUUAUGGAUGGCAGAAGAGGAGAGCUACCACAAACAAAAGGUUCUUGCACAAUACACUUGUGAGCACAUUACGCGACAACACCGACUCUCGGCAUCGCCGGAAGAAGUACUGGCAGGAUUCGAGAACAUUCAAGUCCAGGCAAUUCCAAGAUAUUGCUGAGGGUCACAACCCCCAAUUAGCCCCGAGUGGAAUCUUGAACAAGGCCAGUCACAACGUGAUGUCCUCGGAAGCACCGACAGCUGAGAGUGACGGCCACCCUGCAGGAAGAAUUUCGGGACUGUCACGCCUCGACCCAGGUUUGGUCAGAGAAGAGGACAACAAAUUGAAGCCCAGUGGUUUAGUGAGACCGCACAACCAUCACGGUAGUGCUAGUGAUGAGGAGAAAAGGCGUGGGAAGCGAAGUACAAGUCCUCUGAGAGGGGGGACACCUUCAGAUGAUGGUUCGAGUUCGAUGAGGGGUCACCACAGACGCAGGAAGAAAAGCCAGAGUAGCAAGCACAAGAAGAAGAGUAAGCACAGGGACAUGCAUUCUCCAUUGGAGGGUCUCAAAAACUCCAGGAGACGUGAGAAGAGAUAGCAGUUGCUUGAAAAUGAAGAGAUCUUUCAGAGGAGAUCACACUGAUGACUUUUAAACCGUUGGUUGAACAUGCUGCAUUGUGUAACUGGUUAAAAGCUGUAUGUGCUCUUUUGCUACGUUUGCAUGGUUUGGCCAAACUAUUAAAAUAUUACUGAAAGAGUACUCUGUGGGUAUCAGAAAAUUAUUCAUCUCACACCACGACCACACAACCAUGAAGUAUUAAAGGGCAUACAUUUAGAACUUCGAAAGGAAUUUCACUUGACUGUAAAUUGCUUUUUCAGUUAGUUGUAUUUUACUUUAAUAGGAAGAGAUCAGUUGGAAACAGGUUAAAAAUUUUAACAUUGGUAAGAAAAUAAUCCUAACCCAUCAAGGCCCUUCAAAACUAAGCUCAUUUGGGAGGAUUUUGGAGGCUUGGAAGGUAUCACUGAGUCACUGUUACUUCACAUGUUACUUUAGACUGGAGGAUUCAGUCUAAUUCCUAUCCAAAUCAAAUACCCAACAGAAUGUGUAGAUUGAAAGACAGUUUUCCUACUUCGCUGAGACAAUUAAAAGUAUCCUUGUUGCUUUGUUGCAUAUGUAUUGUCUUGGCAACAUGCCUACUUUGAUCUGAAAACUUGAUUGAAAAUAUUCUAGUUUUGACAAUGUGACAUUACAGAAGGUAUGAAAAAUACACGUAAAUGUGGAAUUAUGAAGCACAGUUUUUAUCAGGAGUCUGUGGUGUGCAUUUCACAUGGGAAUAUGUAUGCAACUGUCUACUCUUAAAUGUUAAAAAAAAAUUACAGCUCUUUUUGUUGUUUCCAUAAAAAAACUUUUAAAACUUCCAACAUUUUCUAUGCUUUCACUGAAAAUGGGGGUGGGGUGUUGCUUUGACGUCUUUACAGAAAGACAACCCUUCAUUCAGAAAUCACAAAAGAACAGAAAAUAUUAAAGAUACUGGCAAUUGUUUCUAGUGCUGAAACACCUGUGAUACCGAGGUUCAAGUUUCUGCCGAGGAUGACAACACAGUUUGCUCAUAAAUGUCUAUCAAAGAGGCACCAAAAUGCC